AGGUCGGAGGUGUUAUCACCUGUUAUCAGCCUUCCUGCUCUGCACAGGUAUAAAGGUGUGAACUGAGAGGUGGAGACAGUCAUACAGGACCAACCAGAGCAUGAUGAUGAGAUCCGAGAUGCUAGUUCUGUUUGUCAUGUUUCUGAGCUGCACAAGGGGGGAGAACACAACCUACCCUGACCAAAACAGUAAUGUCACAAGGACAAACAUGACUACAAGCAGCAUAGAAAGUCAUGAAACCAGCCAGCUGAGCACAACCAUUUCCUUAGAGUCAACUGACCUCAGCAACAGCGGCAAUGGGAGCUCUGUUAGUCCAACUCCUACCUCCUCCAAGGCCCCUUCCAUCACUGCUUCCUCUCAGACGGAUGUCCUGUCCUCAGCAGUGACUUGGACCUCUGCAGCUGCCACUCAGAACACCUCGGUCAGCAGCGCUCCAUCCCGCACGACCACUGGAGGUUCUGUUUGUCUGUCUGCAAGCUCCAACCUGAUCCUUCUGCUGCUUUCAGCUUCCUGCAUCCUGGUUCAGUGUGCACACAUCUGAAUCCCCCACAAUUCUCUCCUGUAAAUCUGUAAACGAUAAAAACUAGCAGGAGGGGGAGAAGAUUGACUAAGUUUGCACAAAUGUUUGAGAAAUGAUCCGCUUUCAUCAGCAGUGAAGUGCCUCUCUUGCACUGAGCUCUCUUCUAUCUGAAACUGAUGCACAAAUGUAUUAUGAAAUGUAAAACAUUUACUCAUAAAUGAUCAGAAAUUAUGGAAAUUGAUGUUUUUAUGACCAAUAAAAAAUUAACUGGG